CCCCGAUCAGACCACCGAGCUCUCCGCCGCACCCACUACUUCGGAAGAUGCAGUCAUGGCCGAGGCAAAGACCGAGGAGAAGAACGAGGUGAAGGAAGAGAAGCCUGAGGAGAAGGCCGAGGUCAAGACCGAGGAGGCAUCCAAGCCCGCCGAGGAGAACCAAGGCGAGAAGAGAGGCGGCCGUCCCCAUAACAACGGUCGCGGCCCCAAGCGCGUCAGACCCAACUACGAGGAGCUCCCAGAAAGCAGCGACCCCGAGGAGAUCCGUCGCCAGGUCGAAUUCUACUUCUCCGACUCCAACCUCCCCUGCGAUAACUACCUCCUUAAGCAGACUGGUGGCCACAAGAACAACCCCGUCGACCUCAAGGUCAUCCACAACUUCAAGCGCAUGCGCCACUUCCAGCCUUACUCCGCCGUCCUCGAAGCCUGCAAGGCCAGCACUCUGAUCAACGUUACCGAUGACGGUCAAAUCACCCGCAAGGAGCCCAUCAGCGAGGACUUCAGCGACAACGCCGAUGAGAACCGCAAGAAGCUCGAGGACCAGACCAUGGCCCGCAGCAUCUACGCCAAGGGAUUCGGCGAGGAGAAGCCCAGCACCCAGACCGACAUUGAGGAGUUCUUCACCGUCUACGGUGCCUUCAACGCCGUGCGCCUGCGCAGAAGCCAGCAAGGCGAGUUCAAGGGAAGCGUUUUCGUCGAGUUCGCAGACGAGAAGACCGCCGAGGAGUUCCUCAAGCUUGACCCCAAGCCCGCAUUCCAAGGCCAGGAGCUGAGCAUCAAGAGCAAGAAGGCAUACGUGGAUGAGAAGCUCGAGGGCAUCAAGAACGGAAGCAUCAAGCCCAACGACAACUGGAAGGAGCGCAGAGACAACGACCAGCGUGGUGGCCGUGGCGGCCGCGGUGGACGUGGAGGCCGUGGCGGUCGUGGAGGUCGCGGUGGCAGAGGUGGACGUGGUGGUCGCGGAGGCCGUGGUGGUGACCGUGGCGACCGUGAGGAGCGCCCCAACACCCGCAACGCAGAGCGCGAAGACCGCAAGCGCGGCCGCGAGGAUGAGGGUCAGCAGGGUGAGGCCAAGAAGGCCAAGACCGACGAGUAAACAAGACAAGAGAGGAUUGUAUAUCCCAGGAUCCACGGCAAAAGGGUGGAGAUCUGAUGUUGCUUGACGACCAAAAAAGAUAUUGCAUGGGCCAUGGCGUUUUCUUCUUUGAAAAGGACUG